AUGACGGACCUAGCUGAAAAUCUGCUCCAAGGUCUCAGCAUUCACGACAAAAAGCCUCAGGACAAUGUGGAUUCGGGAUCAGAGGUUUCACACUCAGGAAGUGGUAGUCGACCUUCAUCUAGUCAAAAAGCACAUUCUGUUGGUUCGUCUUCUACUGCUACUCAAACCAACGUGACUAAAGUAUGUUUUUUACAUUUUAUUGUUGUUUUUAAUUUUAGGUAACAAGUUACAAAGAAUUUGGAGUGUUAAUUUUUGUAAAGAGAAGAGAUUUUGGUAUUAAGGUAGCUGACGUCUAGUGUAACAUGGGAAUUGAUGUUUAUCUUUUAAUUUAGAAGGAAGUAACUUUGUUAGUGAGUGAAAUCAGUUAAUAUAGAUUGAUCUUGAUCUAAAACAACAUAUCAAUAGCAUUUUAUGUUUCACAGAGUUGAAUUUCAAUAAUUUAGGUACCUAAUAGCUAGUGUAAUUUAGAAAUUAAUGUUUUCCUUUGUGUUUUCUUAUAAGUAACUGAAUUUUUUUAGGUAUAUUAUCAUGUGGACGAUGAGCCAAUAGCAUAUAUGACUGAAGUACGAGUACCAUCAGACCGAAUAACACUUGGCGACUUUAAACGAGUUUUAAAUAGAUCAAACUUUAAGUAUUAUUGUAAAGCAGUCGAUUCUGCAGUCGGAGCGUAAGUUUUUUGAUUUGUUUUUGUUGUUUUAGGUAUGAAAAAGCUUGCUGUUUGUAUUUUGGUGUUGUUUGUGGGCUUUUUGACCUUUUUAAUUAAAUAUAAGUGCCUAAAGUAAUAUUUUCAGUGAAGUAAAAUGUGAGAUCCGAGACGACGAUCAUGUGUUACAAAGAUCGUCGAAUGGGCAUUUCGAGUUGUUCUUACUCACAACAGAAGGUUCUACACAUUCUGAUGGUGGGUCAACGACGUUCUCCAAGCCCUACAGGCAUGGAGUACCUGGUCCAGCACCAAAUUAUCCAUCAAGCAGCUCUCAUCUGUACAGGCCUAAAAAUUACUACGAAUUCGGUUGGUUUUUUAAAUUUUUUGUUUGAUUUUAUAUUGUUUUAGUUGAUACGAUGGUUUAGGUAGAUGUACUAGGGCUUUAUGUGUUAUGUAAAUGAGUUUUGGUUAGAAAUUUAUGUAAGAUUUGGGAGUUAUAGCUGUUUUUGACAGCUUUGGUCAUGUGUAAUAUCGGGUGGUGAGAAUUUUCGGAAGUUUUAAAAAAAAGUGCUUGGCAGAAAGAAAAAUACUGAUAAAAGAAAACACAUUACACUAUUUUAUAGUACUAGAUGCUAAUGUUUUAUGAAAGUAUACCUAAAACAUUAUAUAUAUCAAUCUUCGCCUACUAUAACAUCUUUUGAUGUGUUUAGAAGGAAAUAGCUUGAAGAUCAAACAAAGAGCAAUAAAAAAUAUAAAAUACACUUUGUUUUACUACUUAAAAGUAAUUAAGCCUAAAAACAUUAUGAACACAGUUAUAUUGAUCAACAAUACCUACCAAACCCACCAACAACAAUAUCCAGCCCAUAUUGAUAAUAACACUGUGCCUCUUUUCUUGAUUAAUUACGGUUUUAACGGGUGGUUAACAUCGAAUAUCAAUCAAGCCGGGUCCUGAUGGAUAAUCACUCGUUUUUCCGGCCGUUCUAGAACAAUUGGCCGAUUGUGUGCCGCGAAAAAGUAUCAAAGGCCAUGCAGGCACAAAGGCGAUGCUUAAUUGGAACAGUUGAGGCCAAAAAGAUGUUUUUUGAUUUGAUUGGGGCUAGAUUGAGCUAACAGAUGAUUUGAGAUGGUAUGGGCUUGGGUUUGAGGCCGGAGGGGAUUUUUUAAAAAGUUUUGCAAAUUUUGAAAAAAAAAUCAUUUUGUGAGAAUAAGGGUGGAAAAAAAAAAGUUUUUGGCGUUAGUUGUGGGGUUUAUGCCUUCAGAUUUUUUUUAAUUAAAAAUUUUAUUUUUAAAUAAAAAAUUUUUAAAUUUUGAAGUUUUUUGAAAUUUAAAUUUUUAAGGCAAAAGUAGUCUCGCAGGCAUUUUAUAGAUUUCUAGAAGCUGUAAAAAGUUCUUUUGUUUAAAUAUGGUAUUUAAUUUUAAAAUCAAAUUUUUAAAAAAAUGUAAAAAACAACCCCUAAGGGCAUGAAACCCAAAAACAUUCGUAUAUAUUUUCGGAACGGAAAAAAGUUUAUGGCUUUUAUAAAGUUUUAUUGCCUUAGGAUUUAUGCCAUCGGAUAAAAAACGAUGUGGAUAUGAAUGUUUGUGCAUGAAAAAUGAGUUUUUUCGAACGUUUUUUGCUUUUCAUUUUUAUGCAUAUGGUUUUUAUCAUUUUGUUUUUUGAAAUUUAAACCAGAUCUUUGAAAAAGUAAUGGUAACGUGGACUUAAAAAGGUAGUUUUUGAAAAAAUAGGGGGUGGCCCUGGGCUUGAACUUGAGCCUGAGAUGGAGCUUGAGCCGUAGCUCGACUAGUGAGUUUCACCAAAUAUCCUUCGACUUUUAGAACGAGACCUAUAUAGGAUGAAAGAGCAUAAAAAGGUAACUCGAAAACCAUUUUCAAAAACUGUUAAGUGGUUUUGGCUAGCGAGUCACAGUACGCUUAAUAUCCGUUUAUGAUCGACAGGUAUAGGAUAUUGAGCGCGCUGUAACUCGCUGGCCAAAACCAAUUAGCAGUUUUUGAAAAUGAUUUUCUAGGUAACCCUAUAUGCUCUUUCAUUCUAUAUAGGUCUGGUUCUAAAAUCCGAGGGAUAUUUGGUGCAACUCCCUUGUUAUAAAUGGCAUUUUGGCUUAUUUGAUGAAAAAACCAGCGUUUCCAGACGAAUUUUCGUGAUUUUUUCACUUUUUUAAGUAAUACUGAUAACGUUUUUGGGUAACAAUGAGCCAAAAGGAGUCAAACUUCCUCUCCAAACUAUCAAAGAUCAGAUUCCUAGCCGAACGACCAGCUUCGACCAGUUUUACCUUUGGCAAAGCUCCAAAACGGUCGGAUUCCGACAAUUCGGCCAAAACUUUGUUGCCAAAAUCGAAAAAUUUCGCGUGGCCAAAACCGUUUCACGGCACAAAAUCAGCACAAGAACUACCCGCCCUAAGGGGCUUGAAAUGGCCAUCGUUGUUGAAACGGUUGGGUAGCAAAAACGAGUGUUUUAAGGUGGAUAAUAUCGACAAUAAUGGUGUGCCAAAACUUCAUAGAACUAAACAUGAAACUUGUCUAAAGGUUGAGAAUGGUACGCAUUAUGGUACUGCAUUUAAAUUUUAGCAAGAACUUUUUUUUAUAAAACAAAAAAUGGCAAGAACUUUCUUUACAAAACAAAAGAUGGCAAGAACUUUGUUCACAAAGCAAAAAUUUGCAAAAAUUUUGUUUACAACGCAAAAAAGUUUUGAAAAAGUAAAAUGAGAUCAAACAGACCAUCUGAUAUUACACAUGCUAGAAAAAGUUCAAAUUUUGAUUGAAUUUUAUGAAAUUUUUGUCAUUUUAGGUGCUCAUAGACGGCCGUUUGAUGAUUCUACAGUCUAUACAGAAUCAGAAGCUAGAGUUUACUCCGAUGAUGAGUCGCAGUAAGUUUAUUUUUUGAAUUUUUUUUGUAAAAAUGGGACGCUUGACAAAAACUUUGUUUCCAAGAGUUAAAAUGACAAGAAUUUUUUUACAAACAAAAAAUGGCAAGAACUUUCUUUACAAAAUAAAAAAUGGCAAGAACUUUCUUUACAAAAUAAAAAAUGGCAAGAACUUUCUUUUCAAGGCUUAAAAUGGCAAGAACUUUCUUUAUAAGGCUUAAAAUGGCAAGAAAUUUCUUAAAAUAACAAGAACUUGUAAUAACAAUCAUAUACUGAUGCCCCUGUGAGCUUAAACCCCAAUCUGUCGCUUUUUGCUCGGCGUUUUGCACCGAAAUUGGCCGUAUUUCAUGGCGGCCGCACGCGUUUUUGAUGGAUUACCAUUGGCUGUUGGAGUCGUUUGGCGCGCAUGCCAUGUUUCACUCAUGACACUUAUGCUUGGACAUUAGUAUCGAAGACUAAAGCUUGUUUAUAUUGCUAUAUUGUCUAAAAAAUUGAGGUUGCUGGAAGCAAUUUUAGAGAUUUUAGGCUAAAACUUGCAGUUUUCUGCUGAAACGUUUUGGUUAUUGCCAUUUUUUAAUUCACUUGAAGGGAAUUUUAAGGUGGAAAGUAAUCUUUGAUGUUCUGGGGUGUCUUUUGUAAAAUACGCGGUUUCUAAAGCUACCGUGUUAUUUAUUAUAACCAAAAAAGUUGAUUUGAACUUACUGAAAUAUUGAAAGUUUGGCUACAAUUAGAUCAAAACUAUAUUGAAUAGUAUCGAUAUAUGUACUAGAAAUGCCUUAGAAGUGCUGUUUGUAAAAUACGUGCAUUGUCUCGCUUUUUGUUUCAUUUUUCUGACCUAAAAUUGAAGUUGAAGUACUAGAACCAACUAUAAUAUCAAAAAUUUGGCCGGAGUCUAUUGAAAACAGGAUUAAAUCUUGACGAUUAGUGUACUAAAAUAAUUUUGGGACUACAUUUUGUAAAAUACGAAAAGGUGUCUUAUUACCAGUGAUUUAUAAUGAAAAAAAGCUGCUUCAUUUCUACCUAAACCUACUAUAAUAUAGAAAGAUUUUCUAAAAUCUAAUGGUAAAACUACACUAAAAAGCUAAAAUUACUGGCUAAAAAGCUAAGAAGGACUAGAUUUUAUUAUGCUGGGUUACUUGUCGGACUCAGAAGACGAUCGACCGUCAAGCCCGUCCUGUAUAAGUAGCACGAAUUGGAGCAGCCGGCUGGCUAGAUCUGAUCCGGAGUAAGAGGGUGAAAGGGGAGGAGGGUAAAAUACGAGCGUGCAAUUUGAGUCAAGUCUAAGAUUUGAAAAAAUUUGUAAGACUUUGAACUUUAGAUGAAAAAAUAGCAAGAACUUUCUUUACAAAUCAAGACAUGGCAAAAAUUUUCCUUACAAUGUAAUAAGUGGCAAGAACUUUCUUUACAAACUAAAAAAUGGCAAUAACUUUCUUUACAUUACAAAAAAUGGCAAGAACUUUCUUUACAUUACAAAAAAUGGCAAGAACUUUCUUUACAAAACAUAAAAUGGCAGAAACUUUCUUUACAAAACAAAAAAUGCCAAGAACUUUCUUUACAUUACAAAAAAUGGCAAGAACUUUCUUUACAUUACAAAAAAUGGCAAGAACUUUCUUUACAAAACAAAAAUGUCAAGAACUUUCUUUACAAAACAAAAAUGGCAAGAACUUUCUGUACAGAUUAAAAAAUGAUUUUUCUCUUUCCAGUGUCUCCACCUCAACCGACAAUGUGACCUCAGUGUCACGCCAACCCCACAACUACUAUCGUCGUCGACAACAUCGUCGCUUCCGUCGCCAACCCUCGAGAGCAUCAACAAUGUCAUCAAUGACUGAAACCUCAAUGUCAUUGCAAGUCAUGCACGUACGCCUCAACAUGGAUACGGUAAAAUUCUUGGGCAUUACUGUAGUGGGCCAGUCCAGUGCCCGAGGUGAUAAUGGCAUCUAUGUGGCUCAUGUCAUGCCCGGAGGUGCUGUAGCGUUGGAUGGAAGGAUUGAGAUCGGUGACAUGGUACUGGAGGUGAAUGAUGUAUCGCUGGAGAAGAUGUCCAACGAUGAAGCGGUCGACUUUCUAAGGGAUGCUGUUACUGCUAAGGGGUGGGUUUAUAAUUUUUUUUUGAAGAAUUGGCUUUAUAGGAGAGGUAAAAAAGUAAUGUCUUCGAAUUUAGGAGGAUUUCGCGUUGAAAAAUUUUUUUGGAUAAUAUUUGGGAAAUUGAAGGGACUUUCUUUACAAAACAAAAAAUGGCAGGAACUUUCUUUACAGAAUAAAAAAAAUGCAAGAACUUUCUUUACAAAACAAAAAAUGGCAAGAACUUUCUUUACAAAACAAAAAUGGCAAGAACUUUCAGCGAAUUCUUUACAAUUCAAUUUUCAGCCCAAUCAAACUGACAGUAGCCAAAUGCGUAGACUCUCACCGCGCCAACUUCCUAGUCUCGUCUCGUGAACCAGUCCGACCCAUCGACACCCGGGCAUGGGUUCAACAUACUAACGCCAUGAUUGGCGUCCCCAUGAAUUCGAUCCCAGAAUCGGCCGAAGAAGCUCCAACCCCAAUCCCAGGCCAGUACGCUCCGAAUCAUCCGGUCUUUUGUCGACCCCAGUCCAGUUCAACCGCCACUUCGAAUGGGAGCGGGCCCAAGAAUACUGUAAUCAACUCAUUCUUCACUUUACCACCACGACUGGACUUGAACACGGAUAAGAAGAUUGUGGCAAAGGCAAUGGCAAUGCCCAAUUCUGGGCUGGAGGUUAGGAAUAGGACGUGGCUGAAGAUCCCUGUGCCGAUGUCGUUCUUGGGUAAGAUUGAAAAUGUACUAAAAAGUUCUUAAAAAACCUCAAAAACGCCAAAAAAGUGGUUUUUAAAAGUGGAAUUUGAGUGGAAGAUUUGUAAUGUAAUUUGCACUGAAAAUGUUCCACCACACUUCCACCUUUAAAAGUGUUAAAAUGGCCUAAAAACACGUUUUUAACACUUUUUGGAAGUGGAAGUUUAGUGGAAGAUUUUCAAUGUAAUUUGCACUGAAAAUCCUCGGCUCAACUUUUAUUUUUUAAAUUCUUUAAAAUUUAUGAAAAUAAGUUUUAAUCACUUUUCGGAAGUAUUUUUUCAACACUAAAGUAAUGUAUUUUCAUUUUAAAUACUAAAUUUCAAAUAUUUUAAGGUUCCGCCCUACUAGACUGGAUCAACGAGCACGUUGACGGAAUCCGUGACCGAAAAGAAGCUCGCAAAUACGCGUCGGAUCUGCUGAAAGAACGUCUCAUUUCGCACGUUGUUAACAAAUCCUCAUUCACGGAACAGUGCUACUACGUGUUUGGCGAAGAGUGUGCGGAUGUGCUGAAGUUGAGGAACGAGGAUGGCACUCCUAGGACGGAUUUCAUGCCACCACCCCCAACACACUUAAGCAAACCCGUCCCUGGCCAUGGGACACCUUUCCAGUGGACUCAGUCUAGGAGCACGGUAGGUCUUUUUUUGAGGAUUUUUAAAGGAUUUUUUAGGCUUAGUAUACUUAGGCUUGUAGGCUUAAACUUAUGUUAUUUGAUUUACCUUAUGUUUACAGGCUUGAAUUAGGCUUAGAGUUAUGUUUAAGGCUAGGACUAAGAUUAAGUCUAGGCUUAUGGUUAGGGUUGGUCAUAUAUUCUUUGGCAUAUAAGCUUAGGCUUAGCAGGCUUAGGUUUACAUGUCUAGGCUUAUUAGGCUUAGGCUUAGUAGACGUAGGAUUAGUAGGCUUAGGCUUAGACUUAUGGGCUUUCUUACUGUAAGGUUUUAAUAAAAUAUCGUUUCAGGGUGACUACGCCUCAAUGCCAGUAUCGCCAUACCCAGGAAAUGGGCCUUUUAUGCCUCAAAACCCACUGAAUCAAACCCUGCCAAAACAUGGUGACAUCCACAGUCAAGCCAGUGGAAACUCGAAUGAUGGGUCGAGUUCGUCGGAUCAGAGAAGAAAGUAAGUUUUUUUUUUAAUUUUUAAAUGGAAAAUGUGAUUUUAUGGCCGUUUAGGCUUAUUUUUGAUAAAAUUUGGGCCGUUUUGAAGCUGAGUUCAUGGCAUUUUGGGCUAUGUUUGGCCGAUUUAAAAAAUUUUUAAAUUUUUUGAAUUUUUAAAAUUUUUGAUAUUUUUUUCAAAUUUUUAAUCAAAAUAAAAUUUAUAAAACCUCUUCAUUUCAAGACCCCUACUACCAGCUGCCCCACCCCUGCCGAUGGGCCUAAACUCCCUAUACCAACAAGGCCCCCAACCCCCUCCAACUCAACCCCCACCCCUACCGCCCUUCGAGACCCGCGACUCGUCGAUGAAACUCGACGACCUCGGCUCUAAUCAACAACUACAAGCUCUAGUCAGUCAGGGCUUCACGGUCGACCAACUGUAG